UAAUGACCAUUAAUAUCUGACUCACACCAAACGUCAGUUAGGUCCUCAGCAAGAGCUACCAUCUCACCACGAGGCCUGUUCCCCCUUCUGCACGUUGUCCGUUUGACAUUGUUUUGUUUCCAACUGUUUUGAGGAUGCGCAGCACAAAGCUGCUCCGGCUCAUCGACCUGGACUUCUCAUUCACCUUCUCCCUCCUGGAUCUGCCACCGGUGAACGAGUAUGACAUGUACAUCAGGAGCUUUGGGAAGAAGAACACCAAGCAGGCAUACGUUCAGUGUAACGAAGACCAUGUGGAGAGGGACGUGCAGACCGAAGAGGUGGAGACCCGGGAAGUGUGGACCCAGCACCCGGGAGAGAGUGCGGCUGUGUCUGGGGGGAGUGACAGGGGCAGCCCUGGUGGCGCUGCCGUGGUCCCGAAGGUCGACACGCCCCGGCUGUGCAGCUUCCUCCGGGCAGCCUGCCAGGUGAUUGCG